CAAUCACGUCGCCGAGUCCUGUUGCUUGACUCCUUUGACUCGAAAAAACACCCUCCGGGAUUCGGGAGCUGAAUACCCCAUUGCCAAGCCAGAUUAUCACCAACAUGGCUGACUCGACACACAACAACGAGUCUACUUCCACAACUCCAUCACCAGACCAGGAUCGCCAGAUCACGCCUGAGAAUGACCCGCGCCAUUUCCACCGCCGGCCUAUGCCUGCCACCGUAGAAGACGCGCCUGAAGAGGAGCCUCAACCUGACCGUUCUGCUGCCGCUACCGAGACCGAGUCUCAACAGCCCACAGAGGCCACAACCUCCAACACAGAGACCCCAAAUGCCAACGAGAACAACGACUUCAAUGAUGCGAGACCACAGACCGAAGCCAAUGGCACAUCAACAACCACUCAGACUUCAGAUGAGGCCAACACCGAAGCCCCUCGAUCUGGAUCUCGCCCUACCAACACCCAGCACUUUGAGAUCCGCUUUAUCUUCCCUCCUGUGACCUUCUUUACUACCGUCAUUUCCGAGCCUCUCGCCCCACAGUCUCAACAGCAACCGGCUGGCUCACAACCAAAUGGCCAGGCGCAAUCCACCGAGCAGUCGAACGAGCAGCCCAACAACCAGCAAUCCAAUGCUUCCAACUCAUCUACCAAUGGCUCCACUCCUAACAGCUCUACCGCUUCUGGUCCGCCCCCCAUUACCUUCUUUGGAUUGCACUUCUUUACUCCUACGCCUCCUCAUGUCCACACUGCUCCAGCAUCAAAUGCUACGACCAAUACCACCCAGACCGAAGGCACUGCGCAGCAACAGCCACAAUCCAAUGGCGAACAACCACAAGCCUCCGAGCAGCAACAGCCCCAGCAAGGUCCCCAGCCAGCCACUCAAGGCCAACCAUCCCCCUUCGGAUCUGGUCCCGUACCACCUGGUCUCAUGAACGCCUUCCUCUCCGCCAUCCUCAGCCCCUUCGGCAACCUUAACUUUGUUAACGACGGCGUUUACUCGCAAGAGGCCUUUGACCGCAUCAUUACCCAGCUCCGCGAGCAGCACGCCGCCCAGAACCCAGGCGGCGCCCCUCCAGCCUCUCAAGCCGCCAUCGAGAAGCUCAGAGUUAAGGACAUUGACGAGCAGAUGCUCCAGGGCUGCCAGGACAACAAGACCAAGUGCGUCAUCUGCGUCGACGACAUGACACUCGGCGACAAGGCCACGCUCCUGCCGUGCAACCACUUUUUCCACGGCGAGUGCGUGACGCCCUGGCUCAAGGUGCAUAACACUUGCCCGGUCUGCCGGCGGUCGGUCGAGGUCGAGGAGGCGCCCGAGAGCAAGAAGCGCAAGAACAUGGCGGAGCAUGAGCCCACGGGCAGGGACGGCCAUGGCAUUGACGAGGCGGCGGAGGAUGAGGACGGACAGCAGAGCGCCGCCACGGCCACUCCGGCGAUUCCGGAAAGGCAAAGGAGGCCAUAUGGACCCGAGAGGCUGCGUGGUGAAGGAGUGCCAAAGCGACGGCGUUUGGGUUGAUCCCAUAAUUUCAUUUUCGCCAUCGCGAUGAAAAAGAGGGCUGGGAUGGAAGAGGUCAUUUGGACUGCGGACGUCAGGAC